UGCCGGUGAGCAACCCCAUGCCCUGCACCUAACUCUGCAGCAGCCGCAGACCCACACAUCCCCGGAUCUGCUGCUGCAUCUUCCUCUGCCGGAGAUUCAAGCAGGGAGGAGUCGUAACUGCAUGCCAAUCUCCGCCGGCGGCUACAUCUUUGCUCUGUGCCCGAUCGUGGAAUAUGGCGUCAAGUUGAACCUCCUCAUGCGACCCCUGCAUCUGCUCCCCGGGGGCGGCCAAUGGGAGCAGGUCGGCAACAGCUGCCCACACAAAGACGACGAGGACGACUACUCGUGGUUGUCUGGCGGGUUCCUCCAGGGCUACGCCGUGCUCCCUGGCCCCCUCAUCCUCGUCUCCUUCAAACAAGACGGCCUCUUCUUCACCUUCGCCCCCGGCCCCCGCGACUGGACCCCGGUGCUCACCGAUGAAACAAGGCCGCCGCUAGACUACGUCCCUAUCCUCGGCCGCGCCGUGUACAUGGAGCAAGACAAGGCCAUCUACACGCUCCGUGGUAACACCAUCUACGCCUACAAGCUCAGCUACAUAGUACACCAGGGUGAUGAUGGUGAUGAUCAGGGGAGGGUGAGGCUCAGACUGGAUCCGCCCAUCACCAUUGACUCUGUAUCUCCUUUCAAUUCCUGUAAUGGGUGUGGCUUCCUCACCCGUCUCGAUGGUCGGCUCAUGUGCUCCGUCUGGAUCAGCCUGGCAUCACGUGAACAAUUAGAUCAAUGCCAGUGUGACAACCUACAUGCCAUCGUCACCACCUUCAACCUCCAUGACCCGGCUCAGGGGGGAAUAAAGGUGCUGCAUUCCUCUUUCCGCCGGGUAGACAUGGAGCCCAAUCCAGAGGACCAGGAAUUCUGCUUCCUACAGGAGUACGAGGACAUGGACUCCCAGGUGCUGCUGCAACACCAACACCAAGAAGGGCAAGAGGAGUAUCUAACCAGUUCCCAGCAGCACGUCAAUGAACCACCCUCCAACAAGCUUGAUUGUUGCAGAGAGUUUAUCGAAAUGGAAGACUGUCCACGCCUUUGCUUUCGCUGCGGCACCAACGGUCACUUUGCCCGCGAGUGCUCUCUCCCGCCACAUGAGCCCUUGCCGGCAAUGCCCCCCCGCACGCUGGUUGGCCGUGCUUCAAUGCAACACCGAGUCCCUUUCGAAAGGCGUCCGGUUGCUGCAACAAGUAUCAAUAAAGACCUGCUUAUCAUCUGCCAAGCUGGCUCACAACUAGUCAUCUACCAUACGGGCGUCAUGGAUGAGACUUCACUGUUACAAGGUGGAGACGAUGGCAAGCCUCUCCAAACGUCGUGCCAUGUUGCACCGUAUGUCGGUGAUGGUGACUAUUGGCACUUUUUCCUUCACAGUGCCUCCUCAAAAAUACAUGCUGUUUCGAGCAAAAAAGACGGCAUGCUUGAGUUUAGUCUGAAUAAGGACCGAACGUUGGCUAUGGAUCAUCUAUCUGUACGGCGGCUGCCAAGUGCUGAUACUUUUGUUUUGUUUAUCACAAUUGGUGGAGAGACCAUUGCUCUUACUGAUACUCUGGAGGUUUAUCAUCAGACAAGAUUCAGUUAUGGAUCCACCUUCUGGCUGCGAUGCAAGACAGAUGAAUCGCAUGUUCUCGAGAGGACUGUCAUGAUAUCUGGAUAUGCAGCAGUGAAUGGCGAUUCCUUUAUAGUCUCUGAUGCUCUCACAGGUUCCUGUCUUUUGUUUGACCUGUGUGCCAUGCAAUGGCGUGUUGUCAUGCCUUGGGCCGCAUUCUCAGAAGACCUGCCAAGGACUAGCCCUACAAGGUGCCCUUUAAAUGGUAGAUGUGUAUUUGUCGAUGGCUUUAUCUACACAUGCAGAGAUGGAGGGCUUGCUGCUUAUCAACUGUUUGAUAAAGAUCAUUCUGUGUAUCUCAGCGAGCCCAUCUUUUUGCCAUUCUCAUGGCUUGUAGAUGAUUGUGUGGGUGAGGACAUAUGCUUGGAUUAUGCUGGAAAAGAUGUGGACUCUGGUGCUAUUUUGUUUUACGUGGUGCAACUGCAAAGUGGAUAUCCUCCGCCCAAGCAUGAGGUGCAGAUCACCAUUGUCCAGGUUAAGACUAAAGCAACGACCAGCAACAAGAAAAGGGAACCAGUGGGAGUUUCCCCUGUGGACUGUGUCACGCGUUUCAUACAUCACAAGGAAGCCGUUGAUAUCAGAUGCUGCUUUGCGCUCUAGCUAGCUCUUGUUUGCGAUGGAUGCAUGCAUGAGCAGAGUUGCCCUAUUAUUAUUUAUAUGUUCCCAGUAUGUAAUGUUUGUAAUUAACCUCUAACCCUCCUUGCAUGGCAUCUUUUGGAAGCUGCAACUAGUUGUAUUUUUUGGUGGUGUAAAACUUAUAUUUAUCUAGAUUAUAUUAGUUGUAUUUUGGUGGUGGUGAAACUUAUAUUUAUUAGACUAGAGGGCCUGUAUG